AUGUCUCUGUUCACCCACCUAUUAAUCUGCAUCUUUGGCUCCGGCUCCUGGGUGGCCAUCAAUGGACUAUGGGUAGAGUUGCCUCAGCUGGUACCAAAACUACCCGAGGGUUGGAAUCUACCCUCCUAUAUCACAGUCAUCAUCCAGCUAGCCAAUGUGGGUCCACUCUUCAUCACCCUUCUCCACCGAUUCCGACCUGGCUACCUCUCUGAGGUCCCAGUCAUCUAUGUUGUGCUAGCCGUGGGCACGACUGCCUGUUUCCUCUUCGCUUUCCUGUGGGAGAAGACUUCACUGGUGGCUGGUGUUCCCCAUAGCACAGCUUUCCUGGUCCUCACCUUCAUCCUGGCCCUAGUGGACUGCACCUCCUCCGUCACUUUCCUGCCUUUCAUGGCCCGCCUGCCAGCCCAGUACCUUAACACUCUUUUUGUUGGGGAAGGGUUGAGUGGUCUCCUCCCUGCUCUGGUGGCUUUGAUCCAGGGCUCAGGGACCAAAACUUGUGCCCAUGUCACCAAUGGUUCCAUAACCACUGUGCCACCUAAAGUCACUAAAGUAUCCUUCAUCCCGAAGGUACUGAACAUGACCAUGAGCCCUGACUUCAUUUCUAGAGCACCUCAGCCAGAGAACUGUCACCUCUCAGCCAAUUUCUCCCCCUUUGUCUACUUUCUCCUGUUGUUUGUCAUGAUGGCCAGCUGCCUGGCUGCCUUUUUUGGCCUGACACGUCUCUCUAAGCGAUGGGAACACUCUACUGAGGACCACCCAGUCAACCAGGUGACUCUGAGAUCCUUCAGUCUCCAAGAUGCCUCAGCUGACAGCAGCAACAGAGACAGCUUCUCACCAUUGGCCCUGCCUGAGGAGAAUAGGGCCCCUGUGUGGUCACGGGCCCAGUUAGCCUUCAUCUAUGCUGCGGUGGCUUUUGUGAAUGCCCUCACCAAUGGAAUCCUCCCUUCUGUUCAUACCUACUCCUGCCUGCCCUAUGGUUCUAAGGCUUACCACUUGUCUUCAGUGCUUGGUGCUAUAACCCACCCCCUGGUUUGCCUCCUGUCUAUGUUCCUACCUGAAAUGUCUCUCUUUUGGCUGGGGGUUACCACAAUGGUGGGCACUGGUUUUGGAGCCUACAACUUGGCCAUGGCUGUCCUGAGUCCCUGCCCUCUGCUGAAGGGCUCUCACUGGGGAGAAGCCAUCAUUGUUACCUCUUGGGUACUUUACGGUGGGAUCCUGAGCUAUGUCAAGGUGAUGACUGGGGUGCACCUGCGCAAGGUGAGCCAGAGCGCCCUCCUGUGGUGUGGUGCAGCAAUUCAGCUGGGCUCUGCAUGUGGGGCCAUACUCAUGUUUCCUCUUGUCAACGUGUUGCACCUUUUUAAGUCCUCCAAUGGAAGCAGCCAGCAGUGUCCCUUCUGAGCAUGCCCUAGCACAACUUUUCUGGGCUGCAUUUCACUGGGCCAGGAGAGCCAAAGCCAUGGAGAGCCAAUCACAUUCCCAUCUAAGUUUUGCUCAGACAUUGACACAGACAUUCCCAACUUUGCCUUCCCCACCUUGUCCUCCCCCAAGCAAUGCUAAAGCUUCCACAAUUUGAGCCAUCAAGGAAGACUCUACUCCCAUCUCCAAGAAUCACAGCCACAAAUUUCACUACUCACUGUUAUUGGCAUUUGGGUGCAAGCUCUACCUCUGGGGGAAAGUAGGCUAGCCCAUAGUCUAAGUUGCUUGAGGGGUAGCCUACUAUUAACAGGUUAAGUGACUUGCCCAGGGUCAUUCAGCUAGUAUGUGAUACAGACAUGACUUAAACCUAGGAUUUCCCAAGUUGAGAUUUCUAUUC